AUGGCUGAUCUCCCUCUCUGUCGUCUACAGCCACACACUCCGCCAUACCACAACACGUCUGUGGAUCUAUUUGGACCGAUGAAUGUUCGAAUAAGUCGCAACAAGACAGCCAAGGUCUAUGGUGUGUUGUUCACGUGCCUUAUGGUUAGAGGGGUCUACAUCGAAAUCGCGACGGAUUACUCAACAGAAGGUUUCUUGAUUGUACUCAGAAGAUUCUUCACAGUACGUGGAUACCCACACACACUCUGGAGUGAUCGGGGCAGUCAGCUGGUUGGAGCAGAUGCAGAGUUGCGACGCGCAGUUGAAGGUUGGGACCAAGAGGAGUUGAAGAAGUUUUGCCAGGACAGGCAAAUGAAGUGGCAGUUCUUCACACCAACAGCGGCACAUCAAAAUGGUUGCGCAGAAAGUAUGAUCAAGACAACGAAACUGGCGAUAAAACGAGCAAUCGGAGAUCAAUGUCUAGCUUCUAUGGAACUGCAAACAGUGUUGUUUGAGGUCACUGAUCUGGUCAACUCGAGGCCCAUUGGUAGAAGCACCAACGAUCCGGAUGAUGGUCCAUACCUGUCUCCUAACGACUUGUUACUUGGUCGUGCUAGCACCACUAUUCCACAGGGUCCAUUCCGCGAAACAAAAAACCCGCGCCACAGGUUUGAGUUCUGUCAGAAACUGGUCGAAAGAUGGUGGGUUCGUUGGUAUCAGGAUGUCUUUCCAAAUCUGGUGCCUCGGCGUAAGUGGCACCAAUCGCAACGCGACAUCUCAGUUGGAGAUUACGUUUUGGUCAAGGAUCCGAAUCCAAUACGCGGUCAGUUGAACAAGGGGGUCAUGCUGGAGGUGUUCCCUGGAAAGGACGGAAAGAUUCGCAAUGUUCGCAUCAAAACCGCGCAGGGUAGAUAUGAGCGUCCGAUUACAAGAAUUGUGGUCAUCUAUCCAGUUGAGGGUUAUCAAGACUAA